AUGCCCAUCACUCUGGCCGCCUCGGCCAGUUCACCGCCCCCGGACUCGGACUCAGGCCAUGGAGCCACUACGGAAGAGAACAGCAGCUCCCUGCAGUCAUGCAGACUUCCGGUGUCCGGUCUUGGAGCGGAGCCAGGCGCUGGACUAUCAAUUUCCAGCACUGGCUGGUUAGAAACCCCGUCAAUCGACCCCAAUGAGGGCAGUGCUCGAGAGACGCAAACUCUUCUUUCAAAGACUCCGACAACCUCAGGCUCAAACCCCAAUUUUCCGCAACGCAGUCGUCCAUCUCCGCCCUAUCAACUCCAUAGUUACCCGGUGAUACAGGAGCGACGAUUGCAGGACUCCAGGAGUCCAGUCUGUUCGAGCGAUUUGUUGGCCACUUGUUUGUACAGAAGACGAACGCCAAAUGACCGGCUGAGUCCACACUCGCUUUGGCAGAAGUGA